AAUGCGUGCAGCGUACUGUUCCGUCUGGUUUGGGAGACAACGUCCCACCGUUCCCCGUGUACCUGUUGUUUGUCCAGUUGUACCGUAACCGAUGCAAAAACAGACAUUCAAUCAUCUGAACCUAAAGUACGAUGGCAGUUAGUAACGAGCUGAGCUAGCACGAGUUGCCACCUUUUCAUCGUUUCUGUAGGUUCCCCGAUUUUCCAACACUCUGUAAAACCGUGCCAAUUAUUCGUUCCAUCCAACCAUGAAGGUGGUUGCUGUGCUGUGCUUCUGCCUACUGGCAUUCGGACUGCUCAUGACAGUGGGUGCUGCUGACGUGUGCCGCUUCGGUGAACGUUGGCGAUGCGGAAGUGCGAAUUGUGAAAAAAAGUGCGAUACCUUGACCAGCACCACCGAAUGCACCGAACCCUGCACCGAUGGGUGCUACUGUGAACCGGGAUUUGUGCGAGUGUCCGUCGGUAUCUGUUCGCCCCAGUUUAUUUGCCGCUACAAGAACGGUUCGCCUAGACUAUACGCGUAAGCGGGUGUAAGGUCGUUCGGCGUGUUAUUCAAUAAAUGCAUCCCGCAACAUAG